UCUAACACUAAAAGGAAGAAGAGUUCCAGCACCGAUCCCUAACAAGCAAACCAUGAAGAUCUUCGUCGUCCUUGCUCUCCUUGCAGUCGCGGCGGGCGGCGCCUCCGCGCAGCUCUUCGACGCCUGCAGCCAGGGUGGCUACGGGCAGUGCCAGCAGCCGUCGUUCAUGCAGCCGAUCAUGAGCAGCAACCCGUGCAGGGAGUUCGUAAGGCAGCAGUGCAGUCCGGUGAUGCUGCCCUGGGAGCAGUCGCGCCGGCUGCAGCUGAGUAGCUGCCAGCUGAUGCGACAGCAGUGCUGCCAGCAAAUGAGAGCGAUGGCGCAGCAGUAUCGCUGCCGGGAUAUCUGCACCAUGGUGCAGGCGAUCGUCCAGGAGCUACAGUUUGGCAGUGGAUUGUUUGGUGAGGCGGCCCAGACUCAGGCUCAGGCUCAGGCUCAGGUGGCUCUGAACUUGCCUGUCAUGUGCGGUGUCUACCCAACCUACUGCAGCACGCCUUGCAGUGUUGCUACCGGCAGUCAUUGUGGCUCUUGCUGAAGUGUGCUGACAUAUAUACCUGCAGUUUAGUGUGCUAAACUACAAAGUGUCACACAUCAUCAUGUGUGCCAUGUAAUGGAAUUUGGAAUAAUUUUCAUAUGAAUAAAAUAAAA